AUGUCGCUCGCAUACUUUGCGGCGCCUGUUGGGCCGCACGCCUUCGCAUUUGCUCAGGCUCCCCCAAAAGCAGCUGAAGAGGUUCCUGCCGCAAGCGAUGUCGGUCUACAGCAGCCACGAAGCACCAGCGAUAGCGACUCGAGCAUCGAGAAAGGAGCGUCUGCCGACAGCUCUCCCGCUCGACCAAAGAGGGCAGCGGCGGCUCUAGCCAAUGCGAACCUGACCUCGCCUCCCAAAGCAUCCAGCUCCUCUGCCAAAAAGAUGCCCGUCGAGCCAGCUUACUUUUACCCAUCCGACUCCACCGACGUUGCAGCGACGGCAGAUGAUGGUGUGCCCGUCUUUGAGCCGACCAUGGAACAAUUUGCCGACUUUGAAGCGUACUGUGAGGCCAUCGAUGCUUGGGGCAUGCGGUCGGGCAUUGUCAAGAUCAUACCGCCGCGUGCGUGGAAGGAGCAGCUGCCCUCUUUGCAGCUGCCACCCGAACCGGACGGCACGCCGAGGGGCAUCGCCAGCAUCAGGAUCCGCAAUGCCAUUUCACAGAACUGGGUGCCGGCAGGCAGCGGUCUUUGGCGUCAACAAAAUGUGGUGCAUCCCGCCAAAAUAUGGAAUGCUCUGCAGUGGGCCGAAGUGUGCGCCAGCGAAGCUCAGCGAGGUCCAGAGAUGAAUCGAAUGAAGGCCAACGCGGAGAGGACGAGACGUCCUGUUGAUGCUACGGAAGAGGAUGGAGUCAGAACGCGAUCUGGACGAGCCAAGGAUGGUAGGCCCAGUUCCAGCAUUGCUUCCACCAAGCGCAAGCGUCCUGCAGCAGCACCCCGAGCAUCCAAUGGUGGCGCUUCCCAGCACCGCCGAUCUUCCACUCAACCGCGCGAAUCGUCCCCUCUACCUGUCUCCAGUGAUGUUGCACAACCCUCUGAGGCUGACGAAAAGCCGCAGGCCGGGCAAAGCGAUGCUCGCGCGCCGAGUACGUCUCCCACUCGAAUGCUGCGCACCAGGCCCAGCGCUGGACAGGAGGGGGACGUCAAGAGCGACGUCAAGAAGAGCGAAAGCAAGUCGAGUAGUGCGGCACCUAAGCCCAAGGCUGCGGACCUCACCACCGAAGCCGAGUGGGCUGCAUUCAAUCACGAGACGUGCUGGUUGCGAGAGGCAGCCAGCGAUCCUGCCAGUGCUUUCAAGAUUGCGGUGCUCGACGAGUCGCGGGCAGACGGCGAAACGCAGCCCGGCGAAUCGAUCAAGACGGAGGAUGGCGAGGGUACUACAAAGAUGGAGCAGGACGAUGGUGGGGAAUCUGUCAAGGCGGUCGACGUCUCGAAGCAGCCAACACCUAAAGACUGGCAGAAUGCAGACACUUGCAGAGAAAUUGAAGCUGAAUAUUGGCGUGGGUUGAAUUUUGGCAAGCCGCCAAUGUAUGGAGCGGAUCUCAAGGUGAGCAUUCCUCUCCUCUGUCUGCCGUAGACCGCGCUUUCACUGACAUUCUGCUCUCUCCCUAGGGAACGCUCUUUACGCCCGAGACGACUGCCUGGAACGUUGGCAACCUGCCCAACAUCCUCACGCGGUUGCGCCUCAAGCGCAAACUGCCUGGAGUCACGACGCCUUACCUGUACUUUGGCAUGUGGAGAGCGACAUUUGCGUGGCACGUGGAAGACGUGUGAGUGCGACGCCAUGUUUAUAAAGUGUUCAACGACUGCUCAUACCCAUGCACUGCGCGCGCCGACAGCGACUUGUACAGCAUCAACUACAUUCACUUUGGAGCACCAAAGCAAUGGUACAGUAUCCGACAGGCAGACAAGACGAGGUUCGAGAAUGCCAUGGCAGGUGCUUUCCCAAGCGAUGCGCGCAGAUGCAAACACUUUAUGAGGCACAAGUCCUACCUCGCCUCUCCCGCCUUCUUGGCAGCGCACAACAUCAAGCCUUUGCGGCUGGUGCACCACGCUGGUGAAUUCGUCAUUACUUAUCCGUACGGCUAUCAUUCUGGCUUCAAUAUGGGCUUCAACUGCGCCGAGAGCGUCAACUUUGCCUUGCCCUCGUGGCUCGACAUUGGACGUCGAGCGGGCUGGUGCGAGUGCGAAGAGUGGAGCGUGCGCAUGGACGUCGAUGCCAUCCUGAAGGAAUCGGAAGAGAUCAUCGAGAUGGAAAAGAAGCGGGAACAGCGCGCUUUGAUCCGCCAGCAGCAGGAAGCCGGCGCUGAAGUGGAUCAGGAACGAUUGGAAGCGAGACGCGCGGCGCGGCGCGAGUACGAAGCUCGAAGGAAAAAGGCCAAGGCUGAGCGUCUGGCAGCCGAGGCGAGUGGAUACGCCGAAACGGCGAGCAGUCCAACGAAAAAGGCUCGACGCACGUCGGACGAGGAUGCGGAUGCGGAUGCCGACAAGACUUGCGUCUACUGCGUGUCUGAUUUCGACAAUCCCCAUGUGCUCAUCGAGGAGGUUGAUGCGGAGAGUGCAACAGCACCGCCUCGCUAUGCCCACGAUCUCUGUGCCAAUUUUGUGCCAGAGACGUGGGUGGAAACGCGCGAGGAUGGCAUGGACGUCGUCAAGGGAUUUGCUGGCAUUCCAAAGGCCAGGCGCACCCUCAAAUGCGCCCUUUGUCCGCGCGAAGAGUAUGCCAAGGCUGGCAUCAAGACACAAUGCACCUAUGGAAACUGCACGCGCGCCGCGCAUAUUGGCUGCGCUUACCUCGAAGCGACGGGAUGGCGCCUCGACGUGCUGCCUCAAUCGAAAGCUGAUGUUGUUGAAGGGCGCAAAAAGGUUAGCAACGGAAAGAAGAGGCAAGUUCUGGAGGCAGUGUCUGCUGAGCAGGCCGAGAUGAAUCUUGGCAAUGAAGCAGUCCGACACGUAGUCCUCUGCUCCACGCACAACCCGCACGCCAAGAAGAGGCUGUCAGCGAGCGCUCAGAGGAAUGCGGCUGUCGAGCGAGCUUGCGCAUUGAGGCUCAAAGUGGACGAAAUGUGCAGCGUCAAGGUGGCAGGGCACGAGACGCUGGUGCCCAUUGUUCGCAUCGUCGAUUCUUCUGGCGAGCUGCCGGACGUUGCCGGUGCUGUACACGGCUCUAUAUCCUAUUUCUACCGACCGGACGAGGAGCGAUUUGUCAAGUGGUGCCACGUCAUCUUUCCUGAGGAGCAAAAGCUUCAGGCAGCGGCCGAGUAUGAUGCGGCACAGGCCCAGGCGCAGGCGGAAGCGCAAGCGCAAGCAGAGAUCAAACCACAUGCGAAGCGAAAAGUCGUCACCGAGGAGGAGGAGGAUGCGCAGCAGCAGACCAGCACAAUUGAACAGCCAAAGAAGAAGGCUCGCAAACCGACCGAUGCAAACGCUCCAAAGAAGCCUCGAAAGCCUCGCGUCUCGAAAGCGCAAGAGCAACAGCAUUCCACGGGCUUGCAGGUGCCACCACCCAUGCUUCACGCUGCGCAAAUGACGCCGAGUCCUUCCAAGCCUCUGCUUGAGCAUGCCAGAUAUGCGAUGCCGCUCGACGCGCCCCUGACUCCGGAUUCCAGCAAUGGCACGCCACCUCAAAUGUCUCAUGGUGCGCUGCACCGUCGCGAGCCCUUGCAUGGGCCGAUGCCACCCUCUGGGCACUACGCGCCGCACCUCGGCUAUGGGUCUGCGCGCUAUUAUCCUAGUCACGAAGUUGCUGCGCCAUACCCACCUGGAGCUGACAGUCGACACGGAAUGACGUAUGGGCAUCAUCAAGUUCCAUACGGCGCGGCGUACGCGCAUCAAAUCCCUUCGAUGCAGAGCCACGCAUACGCGCAUGCGCCAGAUCUUCGCGAGGCGCGAAUGUCGGUUCAGCGACCUGAAGAUGCUUUGAACAGUCUGGCUACGCACGCAGCAGCCAUGGCACCGGCUGUCUCAAGUUCAGCUCGCAGUGAAAACACGUCCCUGCAUUCCUCUCACGGCUCUUACGACCCGCGCCACUCUUCCUAUGCCAACGGCAGCAUGUCGAGCUCUUCUCCUCACCUGAGCUCCUCAUCUCCGCACCACGCUGCACCAACGUUGCCACCCAUCGGGCGCGGACAUGCUCCAUACCAAGCAGAAUACGGUGCUUACGCUCCUCAAGGCCCUCAAGCACAUCUCUUUCAUCCCUCUUAUCGUCAACUUCAGCCUCCCCCUUCACACCAUCGAGCGCCUCACGCGCCAGCUCCAGCUGACCAUCGCGCUACCGCUCGUCCCUACUGA